AUGCCGCUCUGUCUCACCUUCAUCGACUUAAAGAAGGCCUUCGACUCAGUUGAGACGGAAGCGGUCGUGGAAGCCUUGGACAACCAAGGCGUCCCUACUCAGUACAUAAAGGUGCUUCGAGAGUUGUGCAGUAACUUCACGACCGGAAUUUCGAUACUCUACAAAAAUUUCGUCUUUGACAUGAGGAGGGGGGUCCGACAGGAUGAUACAAUUUCACCCAAAAUAUUCACAGCCACCCUCGAGAACGCAAUGCGAAAGUUGGAAUGGGACGACAUGGGAGUGAAGGUUGAUGGUCGGCAGCUACACCAUUUACGCUUUGCUGAUGACAUCGUACUGAUAACACCUAGCAUCAGCCAAGCGGAACGAAUGCUGACCGAAUUCGACGAAACAUGUGGAUGCAUCGGUCUUCAGCUGAAUCUACAAAAGACGAUGUUCAUGCGGAACGGAUGGGUUUCGGAUGCCCCAUUCACGCUCAACGGAACGAACAUAUCCGAAUGCACCAGCUACGUUUACCUGGGUCGGGAACUGAACAUGAUGAACGACCUGAUCCCCGAGCUGGGCAGGAGGAGACGAGCGGCUUGGGGAGCGUACAAGAGCAUCGAGGAUGUAGUGAAGAAGACCAGGAACACCCGGCUCCGUGCUCACCUCUUCAACACCACCGUACUUGCUGCUUUGACCUAUGCUUCGGAAACCUGGACAUUUCGCAAGCAGGAGGAAAACGCGCUGAGCGUCAUUGAACGCGCAAUUGAGAGAGUGAUGCUAGGAGUAUCCCGUUUCACGCAAGUGAGGGACGGGAUUCGAAGUUCUCUCCUACGUCAACGAUCGAAGAUUAGAGACGCCGCCGUGUUUGCCAAGGAAAGUAAAAUAAGGUGGGCCGGACACGUGAUGCGCUUUGAUGACAACCGUUGGACCAGAGCCGUGAGCGACUGGGUUCCCCGCGAUAUUAAGCGCACUACAGGAAGACCGCUGACCCGAUGGUUAGAUUUCUUCACGGAGUCCUUCAAAGAAAAAUAUGAUGCUCUUCGUGUCCCACGCGAAAGGUGGAACCACUGGGCUACUCUGGCACGCGAUCGGGACAAAUGGAAGGAUUACUGGCGCCCGCUCGACCAGUUCGAAGAUCAACGGGAGUCAAGGUGA